AUGAAGGCUUACCCAUCUUUGCUGCUUUCUGUUUCACUGCUUCCGGUAACCAGAGCGCCUCCGAGGGUGAGCGUGGGUUGGGCCUCGCUGUUUCUCGACUUUUUCGCCAGGUACUGGUAACGGACGGCGAGGCUGGAAGUACCGUUUUGGAGCACGAAAAGCCACAGGGUUCCGUGAGAGAUUCGGGGCUGUUACCCGAAGAACUCGUAGGAUCCAGUAUCGGCGACCGACGGGAGUCUUAACGUAUCAAACAGCCCUCAUGGACUGUUGCAGCCCCAGAAUGUUCCUGCCUCAUGCUUUCUUCCAUGCUAUGGUAUUAGCCAUCAUAAUCACUGUGAUGGCAGAAGAAAAGACAUGUGAUCUUCUUGGGGAACAGGGACAAGAAUCCUCAAAAGAACUAGCAUUGCUGAAUAGACUGGAGCCACUUGUCAAUCAAAGUUUUGAAACAGAAAGCAAGAAUGGUGAUGGCCACUACAUUUACAAAUUCAGGAUAUGUCGAGAAGUCUUCAGCAAUAUGACCAAUUCUGGCCUGGUGCAGAUCAGUAAGACAGACAACAAACAAAAAGUAAUAGGACGAAUCAAUGAGACCCAUCUUGCAAAUGGAACUAGGUGGAUUAUGCUGGUCUACCAGGGUGGUGAUCCCUAUGGUACCCAUUGUACGCAAGAGGGCAGGAAAGCUUUAGUAAUGAUCAUCUGCAACCGGACGAUGUUAGCAACUGGUUUCACCAUGGUGGCAGAAGAGAGGGAGAAGAUAAAGCAAUGUUCCUAUGUUUUUGAGUUAGAGAGCAGCUUGGCUUGCCCUCCAGAAGACUUGCACCAAAAUGUACACCCUCACCUCAGUAUUGGCUCUAUACUGCUAAUCACGUUUUCUUCACUGAUUGCAAUAUACAUCAUUGGGGGAUUCCUCUACCAGCGUCUGGUAGUAGGAGCAAAGGGCAUGGAGCAGUUUCCUCAUUUUGCUUUCUGGCAAGAUCUCGGCAAUCUAGUAGCUGAUGGCUGUGAUUUUGUGUGCCGAUCUAAACCACAAAAUGCACCAGCUGCAUAUCGUGGUGUUGGUGAUGACCAGCUUGGAGAGGAAUCAGAAGAACAAGAUGACCACUUGCUGCCCAUGUGAUCUGCAUCUUUUCUUUCUGUAUGGUUCUUACGCUAGUGACAUCCAGUCACUUUUCCUUCAUCUAAUUGUCCUUUUAAGCGGCUUGCUUUCACCUUAAUUACCCCAUUCUUCUGCACACCAUUUUUCAUCCUUUCUGAUGCAAAUAAAUUCUGUGCAAAGUAUAUGAACACAAAGCUGUACUAGGGAGCUUUGGACUAGUGACUGCUCAGAACCAUUUUCCAAAAGGGAAGAAAUGUGUGGCAGUAUGACUAUGCACAGAAAAUGUGUGUCCGUGGAAGAGGAAAGGGUUUGUCUGCAGGGGAGUAAUACUAAUAGGAUUUGAGCUACAGUGACUGAAUGUACUUGCAUAUUUUCUACAGGCUUUAUUCUACAAAAACACUGGAUUUUGAUUUUCAAUUAUGCAGUUGUACAAUUUUUUCAUAACUCAGUGAAGCCUUUCCUAGCAUUUUCAAAUCCUCUGGAGGCACAGUAGACCAAAUGGAAAAACCUAUAUUUUCUUAAGAAAGGAGAAUAGCCCUGCAUCAAAUUAGGCUUUUUUUUUUUUUGUCAGCAAAAAAGGAUGCUACCAGCAACAUAUUUAAAUGGUCUAAAUUUAAAUGGCAGUAGAGAUUUUAGAAGAGUUAAUGAUAAAAUCUUUCUUAAAAGAGCAGACUAUAACAGUAGUUACUUCAUUUUGUUUAAAUGUCUUUCAUCUUUCAUUACAAAUACGACAGUGCCUGCAGCUGCAAAUUAUAUAAAAUACAGAGCCCAACGAUGGAUAGGAUUUUUAACCAAAAAAGGCAGGAUAGAAAACCCCAAAAUCUGUAUUGAAAAUGUUUUUCUGAUUCUUUUCAACCUAUUUUAGUGUUCUGGACUAAAUAUUUUUAAAACCGGUGAAUGUUUAUGCUUAUAGUUGUGUUUACACAGUAUGAAUUUAAUGGAAAUGACAAAUCUGAUCUGUUCCUAUAUAUACUUUUUAAAAAAAGGAUAGGACAUGGCAGGUCUGUUGCUUCAGGGAAUUGCUUCUAUUUCUUUGGUGCAUGUUGUACUGUUUCCUAAUGAAGAUUCUUAGAAUUGCAUUUAAAAUGCAAUUAGGACUCCUGAAUUCACUUGAACUUGCUGGGAAUACCAGCUCUUUGUGAGGGGAAAUAAAUACAUCUUUACUUGGUAUCUUCCUAAAGGAACUGGUGGAUCUAACUGGGAGUAAAUCUCCAGGUGCAUCUAUAGGCUACAUGUAUUCUUAUUCCCUUUAGGAAUAGGUACUGUAGCUGAGAUGAGACUUGAGACACGGUAUUAGCCCUCUUUGUCAGGCUCUUUUAUAAGAGAAAAAAAAUGGGCCAUUACAUCUGUCAUUCUUUUCAUAGUAAUGUUUAAACGAUUUUGUACAAAAGAGGGGCAACUUUAAAAUUAAAAUGACUUGAAAUUUCAAAA